AUGAGUCCCUGCUACACAGGUUUGAAAGUUGACCAACUAAACGCUCUGUGUAGCACUGUGCCUGUGGCCGCCCAGAAGUCCCCGACCCGUCCUGACAGUUGUUCUCGGCCCCAGGCCCGGGGCUACAGUUACCACACAUCCACAGACAUGAGUUACCAAGAACCAGUGUCCAAGGACAAGAGUUACCAAGAACCAGUGUCCAAGUACAUGAGUUACCAGGAACCAGUGUCCAAUGACAUGAGUUACCAAGAACCAGUGUCCAAGAACAUGAGUUACCAGGAACCAGUGUCCAAGAACAUGAGACAUGAGUUACUAGGAACCAGUGUCCCAGGACAUGAGUUACAAGGAGCCGGUGUCCCAGGACAUGAGUUACCAGGAACCGGUGUUCCAGGACAUGAGUUACUAGGAACCUGUGUCCCAGGACAUGAGUUACUAGGAACCAGUGUCCCAGGACAUGAGUUACCAGGAGCCGGUGUCCCAGGACAUGAGUUACCAGGAACCGGUGUCCCAGGACGAGAGUUACCAGGAACCAGUGUCCCAGGGCGUGAGUUACUAGGAACCUGUGUCCCAGGACAUGAGGUACAAGGAACCGGUGUCCCAGGACAUGAGUUACCAGGAACCGGUGUCCCAGGACAUGAGUUACUAGGAACCAGUGUCCCAGGGCGUGAGUUACUAGGAACCAGUGUCCCAGGACAUGAGUUACCAGGAGCCUGUGUCCCAGGAUAUGAGUUACCUGGAGCCGGUGUCCCAGGACAUGAGUUACUAGGAGCCUGUGUCCCAGGAUAUGAGUUACCAGGAGCCUGUGUCCCAGGACAUGAGUUACCAGGAGCCUGUGUCCCAGGACAUGAGUUACUAGGAACCAGUGUCCCAGGACCUGAGUUACCAGGAACCCAUGUCCCAGGAUAUGAGUUACCGGGAACCGUGGUCCAAGAGCAUGCGUUACCAUGA